ACGUUGUUAUUAGUAUCUAUUGAUGAUGGAGCCCUUAUCGCGGUGGCUGCGUGACGUCAGACAAGGCUGUGAUAUAUACUGGUGUGCUGAGCGCGCGCGAACAUUACUAGUGGCAGAGUGACCCGCGCCUUGCCCACGCGCCGCACACUUCGCGGUAUAAAUCUUGUCGUUAACCUUACUGCCUCCUGACUAACUGCUAAAUAAGUAACUUGAAUUGCAGUGCGUAGUGAAUACCCGUGUUGGAGAUUUAAUUGAACCGUGAAAAUGGAAGCGCUGAGUAGGCUUGUGGCGGGCUACCAUGACCUGAUGGAUAACAAGAGCGAUCAAAGAGUCAAAGAUUGGUUCCUCAUGUCCUCACCCUUCCCCACCUUGGCGAUAUGUCUUACAUACGUCUUCAUCGUCAAAGUACUUGGACCGAAGCUAAUGGAAAAUAGGAAACCAUUCGAAUUGAAGCAAGUUCUCAUUUGGUAUAACUUGUUCCAAGUUAUAUUCAGCUGUUGGCUCUUUUAUGAGAGUAUAGUCAGUGGGUGGUUCACGACGUAUAGUUUCCGAUGUCAACCAGUGGACUAUUCAAACACUCCAGAAACAUUACGGACCGUCAACGGCUGUUGGUGGUAUUACUUCUCGAAGUUUACAGAGUUCUUUGACACGUUCUUCUUCGUGAUGCGCAAGAAGUUUGAUCAUGUGUCAAAGCUGCACGUCAUUCACCACGGUAUCAUGCCAAUGUCCGUUUGGUUUGGCGUCAAAUUUACACCUGGUGGUCACUCCACAUUCUUCGGUAUGCUCAAUACUUUCGUACACAUCGUAAUGUAUUCAUAUUACUUGCUGGCAGCCCUCGGACCGCAGGUUCAGAAGUAUCUGUGGUGGAAGAAAUACCUAACCGCUCUUCAAAUGGUCCAGUUCGUACUCGUGUUCAUUCAUGCGUUCCAGCUACUGUUCAUCGACUGCGAUUAUCCACGAGCAUUCGUUUGGUGGAUCGGCAUGCACGCCGUACUCUUCUACUAUCUGUUUUCUGAUUUCUACAAACAGGCCUACCUCAGGAAGAGCAAGAAGGCCAAAUCUAUGAUGAAAGUGGAGGACGAACCAGUCAAGUAUGAGACAAAGGAGAUGAAGCUUCCACUGCUGAACGGUUUCAGCAAUGGCUCAGCACUUGGUGACGUUCGGCAAAGGAUGGCGGGCGCCGUGGCUUCACAGUGAAUCUGCCUCACUAUCUUAUAUACACACCCAUAGAAAAUGAAGCAAUGGAAUUGUUACAUUGUAUAUAUACAUAUAUAUGUGUGUACGAUUCCACAAACUCCAUUGUAAGAAACAAAGACAAUAUACCACAAAAAGCCUAAAAGCGGCUGCAGUUUUCGUCGGGAGAAAGCUCAAUUAUUUUUAAGUCAUCUAUUUAGUGAUUUUAGUAACUUUUAGUUUAGAAAUAAUACAAAAUUACAAUUUUUUUCAUCUAACUUAGCUAUUUAUUUUGGUGGAUACGGUAGGGCUAAGGUGGCCAUUGUUGACUUCGUUAUUUAUAUCAGGGUUUUGUAGGAAAAACUAUCACCAAAAAAAUUCAGCUCAAUCUACCUAGGUAUAGGUUCUGUAUGUUAAUUUUUUAUCAAUGAUUGAAACGUGUUAUGAAUUGAAAACUCGAUUACUGGUUUGUUUCAAAAGAUAAUGUAAGUAUUUUUAAUUAAUUUAAACUAAAAUCAUGUUCUAUCUCCGAAACAAAGAGAUAAUAAUAAUAACUUGAUAAAGAUAUCAUAAAUUCACACGAUACAUUAUUUUUAGAUAUUAAACCAUUUUGUGUAACUGAAUGUCAUUUUAUACCAAAUUAUAAUUUGUGUUGAAAAAAAAAACUAAAAAUAAAUUUAUUUUUCGAGUAGGAAUUUAACAACACGCAAUCGCAAUUUUUUGAAUUUUUAUUCAAUUUCCUUUUUUCGCUACGUGCUGUCAUAAAAAGUUAUGACGUGUUGACUGAGUUUCCAACCAAAUAGCUGUUAUCAUUGUCGAUUGUUUCAGUAAGCUCUAGGCCACAGUGUGUUAAAAUAUUGUAAUAGACUUAAUUAUUUAAGAGUAAUUUCGAAUAUUUCGAAAGGUGUACAAUAGGACAAUCAAUUUAAAAAAAAAAUUACUUACCUUAUUCUAAACUGACUAUUGAUUAUUUGUGUGGUUUUUUUUCGUAAUAAAUUUUACUGAAAACAAUUUUCAAUUCAAAAACCUAUGUGAAACUGCUUACGUCUGACACAUUAUAAUUUACAUGCUACACUACAAUUUGCAAUAUUUCGUACGAAUAACAAAUGAUUUUUUGUGCUUAGCUGUAAUAACGCAAAAAAUGAAUAUUCUAUUUCUAUCUAUUCUAAAAUCUAUUUCUAUUCACAUUUCCAAAAGACCUCAUGCUCCUUAUGUUUUAUUUUCUAAUUCACGAUAAGGGUAAAAUUAGGGGAACUUUUUUACGGGUUCAUUAAUCGAUUACAAUAAAUUACAAUCUACUUCAUUAAAGAACCUGAUUUUCAUAGUAUUUUUUUCCAUUUUUUACGAGUUUAGCAAAACCUUCAAUUGUUUAUUGACAUUUUUAGUGAUAUAAAAGGAUAACUGUAAAAUAAUUCAACAGAUAAAAAAGUGAAAUCAAUGUAGCAUUGUUUGCAUUAUUGUGAUUUUAUGUAACUUUGAUUUUUUAUCGAACAUAAAAUUCUCAACUGCCGAAUCCUUUACUACUUUACUGUCGUAUCCUAAAUUAAAAAUGAUGUUAAAUUUAAAACGUAGCAUUGAGUGAAUCACCCGUUUGCUCUCUUGUUAUUAUAUCGAACUAUUUAUAUUGUUACACGCGUAACAAUAUGUUUGUCAAUAGAAAUGAAAACGGUACAAAAAUUACAGCAAUACACUUAAACUUUGUGAUAUUUAAUAAUAAAAAUAAAAAUUACCA